AUGUCAUUGGAUGCUGCAUGUUUACUAUCAUUAGCACUAGAGGGCAUGACAUAUGGUUUUUCAAUCUCAAUCCUCAUGUUUAUCGGUACUGUAUGGGCUUUGGCCUACAAACUGCGCAUACAGGAUGUCAAUCACACAAUUAUUGUGGUGGUCAUCCUGCUAUUUAUAUUGAGUACCGCGCAUAUCAUCGUGAAUAUCAUUCACAUUGAAGAUGGACUAGUGAAGGUGGGCCAGUGGCAGUUCUUUGCCAAUCCUUCUCAAUACAUAUUUAUUAUUGGGAAUGUGUUAUAUGGCUUGCAAACUUUACUGGGUGACGGGGUAUUGUCUUGGUCAUCAUCGUACCGAGCAUGCUGUGGUGCAGUGUUGCAGUACAUCGCAGUAUCUGGUAUUGUGACUCUAGUCAAAUCUACUGAAAACGAGCGUGGGGCACCUACACAUUGGGUUAAUGCAUUUUACACCUCAACUAUUGCAACAAAUUUGUUGAGUUCAGAAUACCAAGGGUCACCAGACUCACCCUUGAAGGAAGAAACCGGAAGCCCUACCUUCCUCCUUCAACCAGCUCACUUCACCCCAAGUCAAGACGAUAGCACAUCAUCCUCUCCAACAACAAUCUCUUCACUCACAGCAACACGUCCCAUAGCACUACCCAUCAGGAAACAGUCGAGUUCAUCACUGUUACCUAUGGCUAGCAAGAACCCACGAACAGUGCCAUUGUUUUGGGGGGACUAUGCAAACAAAGAAGAGCCAACAGAAUGCCGCUUCAAAAUGCAAUUAGCUCCAGGGAACAUAGCGGAAGAAUGGUUCCAGGACAUUACAACCAGGAAAAUCUUCAUGUUUUCAGGCCUCAAACUCACAUUCUGCAAAUGUUGGCCGCCUCCCAAACAACCCAAGUACACGCAGGCACAGCAGAAGGAACAGGUCAUGGCAGAGCUGCUAGAGGAGGACGAGAUUGGUGUAUGGGCAGAGGGCAACUACGGACACAUCACUUGGGCAAGCAAAGUGUUGUGUCUUGCCCUGGGAAUGGGAGAUACAGCAGGACAUCUAAUUGAAUACGUGGUCAAAGGUAUACCAGACUUACUGAAGGACCACCUCAAAUGUGACUACGAUAGUUGGGAUGACUUCAUAGAUGAUGUGCAGAGCGUACCAAGCGUCAAGCUUAAGAGGGGUCGCAAGGAUCUGGAUAAGGAGCGUGCAAGGGACACAGACAUCACGAGGCUCAAAGUGCAAAGUGUUCAACAACUCAGCACACCAACCUACCGAACACCAUUCCGAACAGCAACACCACCCAAUCCAAUGUCAGCAAACAUCACCAUUCAGUCAAAACCCAACGUAGAACCUGUACCCCGGACGUGCCAAAAGGUCAUAGAAGCUGUGCAGCCAGAGGCUGGCUAG